AUGUCGGAAGUAAAGCCGCGGACGAAUCCAUUGGGAGCUGCGUCAGCAGCAGAAUCAGCACAAACUAUGGCUAAAACGGCGAAAGCUCAAGCAGAGGCAGCACAAGCUGAAGCUCAAGUGGUUCGAGCACAAGCAGAAGCUGCUGUAGCAUUAGUAGAGGCUGCACAAGCUCAAGCAGAGAGUGCACGAGCUCGAGCGGAAGCAGCUCAAACUCUUGCCAAUUGGUCGCAGACUCAAGCUGAAUAUAUGCAAGCUCUUGCAGACAAGUUGGUUGAUUAUCGUGAAGAAUGA